CUCCAACAAUAGCACUAAAAUGGCUCCAUUCCCUUAAAACCGGUGCGUUCCAUGUAUAAUAACAUCAUCCAUGAACCUGAGACUUGUGUCUUGCUAAGAACCACAAUCAGUGCAUGUCUGAGACAGUGGUUGGGCUCUAUGUACAGUAUCUUCAACUUGCUCACACUUCUUGUUGUUGGGUGUGAAUGGGGUUUUCGAUUAAUUCAUGACUUCGUGCAACCAUUCUGUAUCAAAAAGGUGAUGUUGAUGUUCUCUAGCAAUAGAUACCCUCACACAUGGAGCUACAGACCACUGCGAACAACCUCGACAGGAGCAUUAUUCAGAAUAAUAGAAGGUUGCAUCCAAGCGGUUAAAUGUCGGUGCCAAAAGGCCCGACAAUCGGCAUAGCGCAUGGGGUAAAGAAGAUUUCCACGUUACGGGGAAAGCCCUAUCAUCUCCCCCAGCCCAACAUCGGACA